UUUUGUUUCCGCAGCCAGUAGCCACAGUUAUUUUCAAUGUAAUUAAAUAUGCAAGUUGUGCAUUUUCACGAAAUGUGGAAAACAUUUGUAGAACCCUGCAGAACAGAUAAAGAGUUCUUUAGUGCAUCAACAGCAUUCGUUAGUGCACAACAAAAAAAUCGAGGAAAAAUGUGUCGCGCUGGGAACUCUGGGUAGGACUUCUUAGGUCAGCCAUAUUUAAUCGUCCUGGCUGAAGGAUAGAGGGGAGAUGAAGGGGAUUCGGGAAAUAAGUAAGCUGUCGACAAGGCUUUACGCAGCCCAGGCUGCCCGUAAAUUGGAUGUCUCCGCGGAGCACGUAAAGUUUCAGCCGCAGGAGGUGCAGGUGACCAAACUGCCCAGCGGUCUGAUGAUAGCCUCGUUGGACAACUACUCCCCAGCUUCCAGGAUCGGUGUGUUUGUGAAAGCUGGCUGUCGCUAUGAGUCCCCGGAGAACCAGGGAGUCACCCACCUGCUCCGUCUGGCUGCCAACCUGACUACCAAAGGUGCUUCAGCCUUCAGGAUCUGUCGUGGUGUGGAGGCAGUGGGAGGCAGUCUAGGCGUGACGUCAUCCAGAGAGAACAUGAUCUACUCGGUUGACUGUCUCAGAGACCACAUUGACACGGUGAUGGAGUAUCUGAUCAAUGUGACCACAGCCCCAGAGUUCAGGCCGUGGGAGGUGUCAGACCUCACCCCCAGGGUCAAGAUGGACAAGGCCCUAGCCGCGCAGACCCCCCAGAUGGGUGUGAUUGAGGGUCUACAUGGAGCUGCUUACAAGAAUGCCCUGUCCAACUCCCUCUACUGCCCAGACUACAUGGUUGGCCAUGUCGACGCUGACCAUAUGCACAAUUUUAUCCAGAACAAUUUCACAAGUGCUAGAAUGGCUCUGGUUGGGCUUGGUGUGGACCACAAUGUUCUGAAGCAGGUGGGAGAGCAGUUCCUCAACAUCCGCAGUGGGAUGGGCACCGCUGGGACAAAGGCUCAGUACCGCGGUGGCGAGGUGCGGGUGCAGAACGGGUCCAGCCUGGUGCACUCUGUGGUGGUGUCUGAGGGGGCGGCGGUGGGCACCGACGAGGCUGUGGUUUUCUCUGUACUACAGCACGUCCUGGGGGCGGGGCCACACAUCAAGAGAGGCUCCAACUCCACCUCCAAACUCUUCCAGGGUGUCGCUAAGGCUACUGCAGAACCCUUCGACGCCUCUGCUUUCAAUUCCAACUACUCUGACUCUGGCCUGUUUGGAGUCUACACCAUCUCCCAGUCUGCAGCAGCUGGUGACGUGAUCAAGGCAGCUAUUAGCCAGGUGAAGGCUGUUACAGGAGGAGUCUCAGAAGCUGACCUGACCCGCGCCAAGACCCAGCUGAAGGCUGAGUACCUGAUGUCGUUGGAGAGCUCAGAGGGUUUGUUAGACGCAAUGGGUUCACAGGCUCUGUCCGGAGGGGUCUACCACUCCCCCGAGGCCAUCGCACAGAAGAUCGACUCCGUCUCCGCAACUGAUGUCGCCAACGCUGCAAAUAAGUUUGUGUCGGGUAAGAAGUCCAUGGCUUCCAGUGGAAACCUCAUCAAGACGCCCUUCGUUGACGAGAUCUAAAGCCUUUCAACUGUAUUUCACCUGUGAUUUUAAGUCACAACAAAGCCCUCUGUCCAUUCAAACAAACUGAAACAGUCAUUAUCCUAAUUGUGUCAUUGUUCUUUUGAGGAAGUUAUGUUGGAAUCACACCAACCGCCAAUAUUUAUAGUUGUUGCUAUUUUUAUGUGGAUAUUGAACUGUAUAGCUCAUGUAAAUUAAUGAAUAAAGAAUAUCUACCUUA